CAAAAGAAGCUCAUCACAUCAUUAGUGAAUUAAUCAAUAUGCAUGAGAAUGACUUCGGUGUAUUUUAUGUUAUUGUUGCUGGUUCCUGCUGCUCGCGUGAGUGGUCACAGGAAGGUAUCAAUUAGCGUUGAGACGGAGGCGGGGCAGCGCAGCGUAGACGAGCGCUUUCUGAGUGUAGCCUUGGGCGCGUCCCUUAUAAAUCGUGAAUGGAGAACCUUUGAUGUCAGAUCGGCGAAACUGCGACGUCUAGCCAACGCAUUGUCACCAGCGUACCUUCGACUUGGUGGAACCUAUUCGGACUUUCUCAUCUUUCGUGAGGACGGUGAUGCAGGGGGUGGGGGCGCCGGUGGGCAAACGGAUUGUGAGGACAGCGACGCGGGGGAUGGUGGCACCGGCGAGCAGACGGGUCAUGAAGACGCCAGAGAGACGCGCUGGCUCGAUUCAUAUGGCGAGAUUCGGCCUCCAAAGAACAUCAGUAACUUCACGAUGACAGCGCACGACUGGGAUAACAUCAACACAUUUGCAUCUGUGGUAGAGUGGCAACUGAUUUUUGAUCUGAAUGUUCUGCUGAGAAAUCAUCUAAGAUGGGAUCCAUCAAAUGCCAUGCAACUGCUAGCAUACACAAUGCACAGAGGUUAUCAUCCUGAUUUUGAGCUAGGCAAUGAACCGGAUAGCUUGAAGCAUGCAGUUAAUCGUACUGUGAGCAGCAAGGACUUGGCAAUGGAUUUCCGUAUGCUAUCCAGAAUACUGAAGCAAAGUCCAACUCUCCAGAGCAGUCACAUUGUUGGGCCAGAUGUAACCAGGUCCAAGAAAAAGUCACUGAAAUACCUAAAGAACUUUCUUUACCUGUCUGGCGAUGUCGUAAGUGCUGUGACUAUGCAUCAGUACUAUGUUGAUGGAAGAACUGCAACAUUAGAUAAUUUUACAGACCCAUCUGUUUUAAAUUUUCUGAAAGGUCAACUCAGUGAAUUUGUGGAGGCUGCCAAAGAGGCUGUGCCCGCACGGCCCCUGUGGCUGGGUGAAACCGGGUCUGCGUGGGGAGGUGGAGCCAAGGGUCUGUCAGACACCUACGUAGCUGGCUUUAUGUGGCUGGACAAGUUGGGCCUGGCAGCUCAGAUGGGUAUAGAUGUUGUGAUCAGACAGACAUUUUACGAUGGACACUAUGCCUUGAUCGACAAAGAGCUGAACCCAACACCAGUAAUAUGGUCACUCAUGUCAAUCCUUAUUAUUAAGAGUGAUUAUUGGCUGUCUUACGUAUACAAGACUCUUAUCGGAAACACAGUAUUGAAGAUAUCUUCGUCUCCAGAACUGAGCCACUUGAGAUUAUACGCACAUUGUACAAACUACCGAAGGUCUGCAUAUAGCAAAGGGUCAAUGACAGUGUUUGCCCUCAAUUUGCGUACGCAUGCGAUUGCACUGGAAUUGCUACAGCAGCAGCACGUAGGCAACCUUACUGUUCAUCAGUACCUGCUCAGCCCUCACGGAAACAGCCUAACGUCACGGCAUGUGGAUUUGAAUGGGGAGCGGCUACAGCUAAACACAGACGACUCGUUACCUACGUUAAGGCCACACCACCUACCAGCUGGACGACCAAUUAAAUUUCCGGGAAUGACUUUCGCAUUUUACGUACUGGUGGAUGCAAAUGCUGAGGCCUGCAUGGACAAUAAAAUUUGGUGAAUUACGUCGUCUUGUAGUUUAGCGACGGCGCAAACAUGUUAUACAUAUGCAAGCCAGUGUAACGUAGUUGCGUAGAUAGGGGACAUAUAGAGAAGGUGACGUAGUCCGAUUAGUAGGAAAGUGGCUAGCAGUUUUAAUAAUAAGGUAAUAGAGUAGGGGGGGGGGGCAUGCCAGCGAAAAUGAGCAAAAUGAUCAAAACAUGAACAAGAAAACUGAACAAAGGUGAACAAAAAACUAAACAAAAAUGAACAAACGAAAUGAGCAGAACAAAACAGGCAGAGCUCUAAUUUACAUCUGUACAAAAUAAUAUAUGGGCAAUAGGCGUAAUAAACAGCAGUUUAUACAUAUAUAUAUAAACAUAUAUAUACUUUGUCUCAUUAACUCCUGAUAUAUAUGAAGACCAUAUGAAAAUGCGACGGAAGAACAUGUGACAUUAUUGAGAUUGAAGGGAGAACGUGGUCAAGAAGCAUUUCAUGAACAUGAUCCAGCUGUUUAUAAUAAUGCUUGUAAAUAACUUACUUUCCUCGGUAAUGAUGCAGCAUUUGUUGUAAUUAUGUAUAGUGGUAAAAUAUUGUUUUGCACUCACUU